AGAGGUCAGGGCACCGAGAUGGCGGCGCGCGCGGCGAGUGUGGCUGUGUGCAGGCGCCUGCAGCAGGAACUGGGGAAUUUGUCUGUGAAUGGUUCUAAGUGCAGUACAGCCCAAACUGGCGGCCUCCUGCUCAGCACCAAUAUGAAGUGGGCACCGUUGUCAAACCUGCACAUUGAUGUUCCAAGGGAUUUGACCAAACCUACGAUAACCACUUCCGAUGAGCCAGACACAUUGUAUAAACGCCUGUCCAUUUUAGUGAAAGCUCAUGACAAGGCUGUACUAGACAGUUAUGAGUAUUUUGCCGUUCUCGCUGCUAAAGAACUUGGCAUUUCUAUUAAUGUACACGAACCACCAAGGAAAAUAGAGCGAUUCACUCUUCUCAAGUCGGUGCACAUUUUUAAGAAGCACAGAGUUCAGUAUGAGAUGAGGACGCUCUACAGAUGUUUAGAGUUAAAACACCUGACUGGGUGCACAGCCAGUGUCUACUUGGAAUAUAUCCAGCGGAACUUACCCGAGGGGGUCGCCAUGGAAGUAACAAAGACACAGAUACAGCAGUUGCCAGAACAUAUCAAGAAGCCAAUGUGGGAAACCCUCACUGAGGAAAAAGAAGAAAGCAGGUCGUAGCCUUGGGAUGCCACCUGGGCCUGGAUCAGAACCAAGCAGGCCUGCUGUGAGUUCCAUGGACAGCUCCAGGUGAAGGCAAGUCAGGCCCGCCUGACCCUGUUCUGUUGACUCCUCACACACUGGAGCCUUCAUGGCAGGCUGAAGAAACACUAUAUCUGUUCUUUUCUACCUGACAUUGCUUCUGUUCCAGUUUGAACAAACAUUAGCAGACUUCUGUAUAACUUGAAAUAAAAUAUCCAGAUUUACACACUUACAUAGCUA